AUGAUUAGAAAAAUUGAUUUAUUUGGUAGUAAAAUAAAUUUGAGAUUUAAUGGUGCAUAAACAUAUUAGUCCAAUAUAGGCUCUCUAAUCACUAUUUUUAUAAUUGGUGUUAUUAUUGCUCGUUUAAUUUCAAUAUUUUUAAUUGCCAUUUAAAGAAAUAAUCCUACUGUUAUUUUUACUGAGAGAUAAGUGAACGAUCCAGCCUUAUUUGAAGCCACUAGUAAAUCAUUCCCUAUGGCAUUUGCUAUGCAAGAUCCUGUUACUAAAAAUUACUAUAUUGAUGAAAGUAUUUACACAGUUUAGGCUUAACUCUAGCAGAAAUUUACUACUUUUAACUCUUCUACUUAAUAAAACUAAACUACAUGGAAAUAUACUGAUAUAAUUUUGCAGCGCUGUACUUCUUAGAAUUUUUAAAAUCCCAAUAAUUUAUAAUAUUUCAUAUCUUCUAAUUAUACAAAUAUGUAUUGUCUUCCUCCUGAUGCAGUAUUACCGAUUCAAGGAGACUUCCCUUCUCCAGUUUUCUCAUAAAUUUAAUUCAUUUUUAAAUAAUGCUAAAAAAAUUGCAAGUCAUAAGAAGAAAUAAAUUACUACUUACUAAAAUCAGGAAUGGCUCUUUAUAUGUCUGAUAGUUAUGUAGAUCCUACAUAAUUUUAUGAUCCUUUUUAGAUCUAUGCCAGAAAUAUGUAUUGGCAUACAAGUCUCUAGAUGCCCUAAGAUGUAAUUAUUUUUAUCAGAAAUAAUUAUGUUUAUAGUGAUUUUGGAUGGAUUAUUUCAGACAAAGAUAUAAAAAAGUUCCCUUCUUACAGUUUCUAUGAGAAUUUUCUUUAUCCUCCAAACUUUCAGUAAUAUUUUCUUACUUUAACAUUUAAGUUUGAAAAAUAAAAAGAAAACUCUUACAGUAGAAAAUACUAAGAUAUUAGCAGUAUAAUAUCAGAAAUAGGUGGAUUUUCUCAGAGUCUACUAGCCAUUGGCUUCUUGAUCUGCACUAAAAUUUCCUAAUUAUAGUUGAAUUAAUAGUUAGUCAAUUCUGUAUUUAAUUAUGACGAGCCUGAAGAAACUUAACAAAAUCAUUUAAUAAAAGAAUAAAAAACUCACGGAUGUUGCAGAGCUAUUUUCAAAAAUAAAUAAAAAAAAAACAAAAAUAAUUAAUAAACAGAAGCAUCAUAAUUGCAGUAACUUAGCUCUAUAUAAAAUAAUGAUACAAGACAAAUAUUCAACAAAAAUGUUGAUUAUACUUUUAAAUCAGACUAAAAUUAAAACUAAUUAAUUAAAUUUAAAAAUAAGAUUAAUUAGUCUACAUCAUCCCAAUUCAAAUCAUAAGAACAUAAAAGAUCUAUCUCUAAUAGUUAAAAUCAUACCUUAAUCUUAGCAUCCAUUUUAUAGGAGCAGUAAAAAAUCUAAAAAGAUGAUAAAAGCAAAAUAAAUUAAAAAAUAUCUAAUAAGCUCAUUAAAAAAAUAGAUAAAAUAAAUUAAAAUAGUCAAAAAUUAAAAGAAAAGAAUUUUAAUUCUAUGUUAGAAGAGCAAACAAGGAGUAUGAAGUUGAGUGUAUGGGAAUAUAUUAAAUCUAUAUUUUUUCCUUUCGGAAACUUAAGAUAAAAAAAGAAAGUGAUUGAAUAUAGCAUUAACAAGCUUUACAACCAUUUAGAUAUCUUGUAAAUAUUAAAGAGACUGAUAGAGGUAGAAAAAUUAAAAAGAUUAUUACUAGAUAAAGAUUAAAUUAAACUUUUUGACUAUCUACCAAAGCCUACUAUUCACUUAGACAUGAUAUAAGAGCAAAAUGAGAAUCAAAGAAAAUCUGAAAGAUCAGAAAUAGAUUUAUUAUAUUAAGAUAAUAGAACACCUUUGCAAAAAGUAAAAGAAGCAUAAGAAGCUUAUAAAAAUAUUUUGUAGAAAUAUCAGCAAACUUAGUUAGAUGAGAAAAUUAUAUAAAUGUUAGAUCCUAAUCUUUUAUCUGUAUUUGAAUAAAAUAAUACUAAUUUUAAGCUUGAUUCUUAAAAUGAAAGAAUCAAUAGCAAACUUUUAGAUAACUCAAAAAAAAAAUAAGAAAGCCAAAUAAAUAAUAAAAAUGAAAAAAAUGAAUAAUUAGAAUUAAUAAAAAUAUCAAAUGUUUUUGAAGAUUAAACAAAAUAAAGUUAAAAUAAAAAAGUCUUUUAUAGUUACCAGAAAAAUAACUUUUGUUCAGUUUAAGAUGAGUCAAAAGAAAAUCUUGCAAUACUUAAACAAACAACAAACUCUAAUAGUUUGAAUAAUAUUUGUCAAAAAAAUUUCUAAAAUGUUGCAGAAGAAGAAAUAAAUAAUACGAUAUUUUAGAACUUUUUUAAUCCAACUAAAAAUAAUCAACUUUCAAAACUUUGA